AUGGCUGACCUGCGGUGGUCCGACUCGUCGCUCAUCGACAUCACCGGCCCGGUCGAGGUCGAGACGCCUCAGGCUCAGGCUCGGCCGCCUGACAGCAGCACUACCACCGCCACCACAGCCAGCAAAGACAACAACGACGACAUCACGCUCUCGCUUGACACGGCGAGUGAGACAGGUGGCGAUUCGACUUUGGAGAUCAUCGAUCUGAGCUCAGGGUCGCCGUCACGGCCGUCAUCCCCGUCUACCUCGCUGCUGCUGUCGCCGUCACGGGUGCGGAAGCGGAAGCGGAAGCGGCGGCAGACACGCGAGUCUCUCGACACAGACGCUACCAUCAACCUUGUGUCCGAUGCUGAGCCUGAGCCUGUUGCUGUAGCUGAAGCCGAUCCCGAGGCGACGCUAUCAUUCGUGGCCGAUGCGGAGACGGACAGCUCACCGCUCAAGCGACAGAGGACGCUGAUGUUGCCGAGUCGCGAGCCGGGCCCGGCGCCGGAUCGGAUCCGUGCACUGGUUGACUCGGAGACCCAUGCUGCCGAGCUGCGGUUCCUCUGCUCGGUGUUGGGCGUGGAUACGGAGUCGGAAGGCGAGGAUCGGUUGGUCGCCGUACGAGAUGCGCUUGUGGCCGCCAAUUGGGACCAGGGCAGUGCGUUCGAGCAGCUUCGCCCUACCUCGCGGGUCGCUGGCGCCGAGCCGGCGGCGGCCUGUCUCAUCUGCCUCGACGAUUUGGACGGCGAAUCGCUCUACUUUGCACUCGACACCUGCACACAUCUGUUCCAUCACGCUUGCCUCGCACAGCACAUUGUGUUCAAGCUCGAGGCACUCGCGUUUCCGGUCUGCUGCCCGAUGCCCGACUGUAGUGCGGAGCUUGCGCCGUCAGACGUCGAGAACCACCUCGAGCCCGACCAGUGGGCGGCGUACUGCUCCCAGUCGUUCGCGCACGCGCUUCGCGCGCCAUCGUUUGUCCACUGCCCGACUCCCGACUGCCCGUUUGCCGCCGAGAUGGAUCUCCCGCCCCUGGCUAGCGGCUCAGGACCCGACGCCGGGAGCUACGUCGAGCUCGCAUGCCCUGCGUGCGAGCAAACAAGCUGCGCCCGGUGCCAGCGUCCUGCCCAUGCCGGCAUGACGUGCGGCGCGGCCAAGGCUGCGGCGCUCGAGUCGCAGCUCGAGUCAUCGAUCGCGGGCCUCGGCAUGCGGCAGUGUCCCUCUUGCAGAGUAUGGAUCGAAAAGGUGGACGGGUGUGACAAGAUCCGUUGUCUGUGCGGCGCCAAGUGGUGCUUUGUCUGCCUCACGCCCAACGCCACCUGCUCGUGCACCUCGCGCGCUCACGGCUUUCACCCCGCAUCGGCCGUCGUCACCAACUUUGGCCGCUCCACCGCAUCCGAGGCCGCAGGCGCUAGCUCGGUCGCCCGCCGACUCCAGCGGCAGGCCUCGCUUCUCCGGCGUGCCACCUGA